AGGUGCUGUGUAAUGUGUUAAGAGCAUAUUAUAAGGAAUGAUUUUGUCAAAUAUUCAUGAGUUAUGGUUGCUGAACGAUCAGUUCUGUCUUGUGGGGAAAGAACUGGAUGACAGAAACCUUACUUGAAGCAAAACCAAAAUUCUUAUUGAAAAUGCACAGCAACAUUAAAGUUUAUUCUUAAGACCUGCUUUUUAAUAAUAAUACUAGGCAUUCAGCGUUUCAUCUUCAAGGUCACGAAAAUUAUCUCAAAAACAACUCAGAAAAGGAGGACUGAGGAAUGAUGUCUUUUCAGGAGAAAUCAAAUGAAAAUUCUUCCAAUGUUAUUAAGAAAAGAGAAGAUAGAAACUUAGAAACAAAAAUAGAAGAUUCUCAAAAAAAUCUAGCCAAAAAAUCAGGACCAAAGGAAGCUUUAAAAUCACCGGUUAAUUCUUCCAGUGAAAAGAAAAUAAAUCGACCUGAAUUUGGAACAUGCAUGAGUACAAGGUCAUCAAAGGCAGUGUCCAGUGACAAAAAAGCUAAUAACUUCAUUAGUAAAAAUGUAACUGUGAAGGGACAUACACAAGAAUCUGUGAAAAAGCAGAAGUUAUCACAGAAAAAAUCAGUGCACGAAACCUCCACAUCAAAUGAACAGCUUAACCGAAGAUCACAAAGGCUGCAACAAUUAACAGAGAUUUCAGUUUCAACAAGGACUCUGCGUAGUAGAGAGAUUCAGGGCCCAGUUCAAACAGUUAAACAGAAUUUGCCACUAAUUAGAAAAGAGUACUGUAGCAACACUCAAAGUAAAACUAAUAAAGUUAAAACAAACAAAAAACCUGUGAAAAGAAAAGCACCAGAGAAAUCUAAUUUUAAAGAGGAUGGAAAUCCAGUUCACCAUGAAGUAAAUUCACCAAAAGGAAAAAAGCGCAAAGUAGAGCACCAGGAAGCUGAUAUUAGCAGUUCUCAACGCUUAAAAGGAUCUGAAAAGUGUCAUCAGAAGAAUUCCAGAAAAGAAUCAAAAUCUGUGCCUGUAACUACUUCUGAUAUUAAGAGAUCAAAAACGGUUGCUUCACAGGUCUCUAAAAAGAGUGAGAUGAAGAAGUCCGUUCAUACACAAGUGAUCACUACUGCAAAAUCCCUAAAAAGUCCACAGCCAUUAGUGCCUGAACAAAGUGUUGAUAAUGAACUAGAGCAAGCAGGAAAGAACAAGCGAGGUAGCAUUCUUCAACUAUGUGAAGAAAUUGCUGGUGAAAUUGAGUCAGAUACUGUAGAGGUACGGAAGGAAUCGUCACAAAUAGAAAGUAUAAAGGAGGAGCAGUGUACGGAAAUGAAAUCCGAAGAAACUGAUGUAACACUUCAUCACCAGAAAACAAAUCAAGAUGUUCCGUGUAAUCGUUUCUUCCCCAGUAGAAAAACAAAGCCUGUGAAAUGUAUACUAAAUGGAAUAAACAACUCAACUAAAAAGAACUCUAACUGGACUAAAAUUAAACUUUCAAAAUUUAACUCGGUGCAACAAAAUAAGUUGGAUUCUCAAGUUUCCCCCAAAUUGGGCUUAUUACGAACUGAUUUUUCACUCCCAGAUUUAGAAAUACAUCAUCCAGAGACUCAAAGUACUUUUUUAGGGAUAAAGCCACAUGAUGAUAAAAACAUAGCUUGUCAGAAGGAAGAAAUGAAAAAGAUUAAUUCUGAAGAAGCAAAAAUUAAUAUUACUGUUGAAAUGAUGACCACAAAAAGGGCUUCUGAAAAUUGUCAUUUGGAUAAUCAGAUAAAACUUCCCGUCCUAUCAUUGGAUAACCAGAUGAAACAGUCUUUUGAAUCAACACCAGAUAAGAAUUUCAGCCAGCACUUGGAAUCUAAACUUGAAAAGAGUAGUACAGUGGAAAAUUCCACCACUGUUGUUGCAGCACUGCUCAGUGAAACGAAAAUUAAUUCAGGAGACAGUAAGUUUCCAGGUUCAGCUUCCAAACAGCAUAGUAUGCUCAAUAAUCAAGCACCUAAGAUCAAUGACAACAGAGAGACAUCACAAAAUCAUUCUUGGUCUGAUUGUAAUUCCCAUUUGGAGUUAACAAUUCCAAAGGAGUUGAAACUAAAAGAAACAGAGAAAGUAGAUGAAAAACAAUUGAUCAUAGAUGCUGGACAAAAAAGAUUUGGAGCAGUAUCCUGUAAUGUUUGUGGCAUGCUUUACACAGCUUCAAACCCUGAAGAUGAAACACAGCAACUCUUGCUCUUCCAUAAUCAGUUUAUUAGUGCUGUAAAAUAUGUGGGCUGGAAAAAAGAAAGAAUUCUUGCUGAAUACCCAGAUGGCAGGAUAAUAAUGGUUCUUCCGGAAGACCCCAAAUAUGCUCUGAAGAAGGUCGACGAAAUUAGAGAGAUGGUUGAUAAUGACUUAGGUUUCCAACAGGCUCCACUAAUGUGCUAUUCCAGAACUAAGACACUUCUCUUUAUUUCUAAUGACAAAAAAGUAGUUGGAUGUUUAAUUGCGGAACAUAUCCAGUGGGGCUACAGAGUUAUAGAAGAGAAACUUCCAGUUACAAGGUCAGAAGAAGAAAAAGUAAGAUUUGAAAGGCAAAAGGCCUGGUGCUGCUCAACAUUGCCAGAACCUGCCAUUUGUGGGAUUAGUCGUAUAUGGGUAUUCAGCAUGAUGCGACGCAAGAAAAUUGCUUCUCGAAUGAUUGAAUGCCUAAGGAGUAACUUUAUAUAUGGCUCAUACUUGAGUAAAGAAGAAAUUGCUUUCUCAGAUCCCACUCCUGAUGGUAAACUGUUUGCAACUCAGUACUGUGGCACUGGUCAGUUUCUGGUAUACAAUUUUAUUAAUGGACAAAAUAACACCUGAAACAGAUUUAUUGCCUAUAGUACUAGAAGAUCUACUGAAGAGAAAUGGAUUGGUUGCUGACUUUAACCAGGAACUAGGGCCAUUUUUAUUAUAAUGAACUCAGGAUUGGCAACAGCCAUAAGGUUGUUCCAUUUUCGUAAAUCGGAAACAAUGCAGUAAUAGCUUAUUGUUUUGUUUUUUAAAGAAGAUAUUUUAUUAUCUUUUACAGAAAUUUAUGAUUGAUGUAUUUUAUCUAUACUUAUUUAGACAUGUUUACAUGCAGCAGAUAAUUGUUCAUAGUGGACUGAAAAUAAUGCAAGGACUAUGGUCUCAGUUGAUAAGUAUAUUUUGAAGUUCUGAAUAUGGAAAUAUACCAGUGUAGCUUGGUGUACUGUAAUUUUUAUAUGAAUCUGCUGAUACCAGUUAUGAUUUUAAAGAUGUAUUUUCACAGAGCAGAAAUCAGUGUUUUAUUAUUCAAGAAGAGGCCCUGAAAUACACUUUGAACUCUUAAAAUAGCAAAGUUCCAGAUAACAGGACGAGUGUGGAUAUUGAAAAUUUUUCUUUGAUUUCUGUGUUGCGGAGCUAUCAAUGGAAAGUCAAUACUCGCUACCCUUUAAUAUGUUUUAGUUUCUCUUUUUAAAACAGCAAUUUUGACAUACUUAGGCUAUUAAUAAAUCCCAAAGAGAUACACACAUGUAUGGAAUAGUCACAAGCUAAACACGGAUAACUUGGUAUCUGCGUUGCUAUUUCUCAGAAAUACUACACUGAGUAUAUACCUUCAUUACUGAACUUCAUUUUAAUACUUGUCUAUCCUUCAUAGUGCCCUCUACUUUUAAAGGGUUUAUAUGUUGAAAAACUGCUGUGGCCUUUUAUGAUAUGUAUAUAAUGUAUAAUAAAAUAAUAAAACAUAAUUGAUAGCUUUAUAAAAAUGGAUAAA